GUCAACUCAUUGUGCUAUUUUGUCUUUUGUGCGUAAAAUAUUAUUUUUAACGUAAGAUAUUGUGAAUCGUGUGAAAUAUUCACCGUAUAUUGAUCUUGACCACAGCAAACAAACAAAUUUUCUAUAUCAAUAUGAGAAAAGUACGUAAAUACGUCGUCAAGGCUGCCUUCAAAGACUUCUUGCCACAGAAGUCGGAUUUCGAGAUAAUUGAAGAGUCUAUCAUGCCACUCAGCUCUCAAGAGUUCCUUGUCAAAGCUGAAUACAUAAGCGUCGAUCCGUACAUGAGAUCUUUUGCCGAGGACAUAGAGGUGCCCUACGAUCAAUUCGGAUUCCAAGUCGGUAAAGUUAUAGAGAGCAAGAAUCCGGAAUUUCCUGUAAACUGCCACGUGGUAUCGCACUCCGGGUGGCAAGAUCACGUCGUUUUAGAUGGCAGCAGCGAUGAUAUGUUCGGCAUUAAGCCGUAUAUACCCGACAUCGGGAACAUGCCGCUGUCGUUAUCAAUCGGCGCUCUCGGCAUGCCCGGCAUUACGGCGUAUUUAGGGCUCCUCGAAAUCUGCAAGCCGAAACAAGGCGAAAUAGUUUGCGUUACUAGCGCCGCCGGAGCUGUAGGAUCUCUGGUGGGACAAGUAGCGAAACUUAUGGGGUGUACUAUAAUCGGAUUCGCUGGAUCAGAUAAAAAAGUGCAAGUUUUAAAGCAAGAAUUCGGAUUUCAUCACGCCAUAAAUUACAAGACUACAGCGAACGUCAAAGAUACCCUGUCGAAGAUAGCGCCGCACGGCAUCGAUUGUUACUUUGACAACGUGGGCGGCGAAUUAGCCGAGAUUAUCAUGGAGAAUAUGAAAGAGCACGGUCGAGUGGCCGUUUGCGGUGCCAUAAGUACAUAUGGGAUGGGAGUCCCUCGACGUAAGAAGCCCAACACGCGAGUGUCGGUGAACGUCGAGUCGUUCAGUUUCACACAAUGGGAUUGGCCGAGACAGAGAGAAGCGUUAAACCAGCUAAAGGACUGGAUCCAAAAAGGUACCAUUAAAGCUAAAGAGACCGUCACAAAUGGAUUCGAAGAGCUUCCCGCUACAUUCGUGGCGAUGCUAAAAGGGGAGAGCAUCGGGAAGGCGGUCGUUAAAAUUUGAUUCUUCCUCCUUUUACUUUUAAGACGAUAUUAGCGUAAGAUUCCAAGUUCUGGCGUUAAUAAAAAUACAGCCGUAUUGUUGAAA